AUGGAGCAAAAACCGACCGAAGAAGCGGACCAAAAGCCGACUGAAGAAGUUGACCAAGAUGAACUGCAAUUUCCUGAAGACGAGGUCAGGAAAAUAAUAAUAGAUGCUGUGGAAAACGUGAUUGGAGGAAAUGGUUACCAACAUGCCAAGGUCGAUAAAUGGACCACGGAAAUAGUGGAAGCUUGCACAUUUGAAUUGACCAAUUUCAUGAAGCCCUAUAAAUAUAUCUUAUCUUGUUCAAUAAUGCAGAAAAAUGGGGCUGAAAUACAUACAGCAAACUCGUGUUUUUGGGAUAAUAAUACUGAUGGUAGCUGCACUGUACGUUGGGAGAACAAAACGAUAAUUUGUAUUGUAUCCAUUUAUGGCCUAGCCAUGUGA